AAAUUUCGGAACGAGACAAUGACAUCACACGAAUUUCAGCCGUGCGCCUGUGGGAACCAGGUUGACACGAGGAAGACGACCCGGCUGCGUGACCAAGUCCAUUCGGACAGCGUGAGGGGAAACGUUGCAGCGGCGCUCCCCAAAUGCGGAAACCAGCUCGCUCUCCCCUUCUCGGAAUCUUUCCCGCGCAUCUGCCUAAACGGUUCUCAAAGUUCAUUUCUAAAAAUCAUAUUUCCGGAGAAAAUACAAGCAAAUGCAAGUCACACUUCAGAAGUAGAAUAUGACCGGAUAUCCUAUCUUAUUCCAAUAGAUGAGAAACUGUAUACUGUGCACCUUAAGCAAAGAUAUUUCUUAGCAGACAAUUUUAUGGUUUAUUCGUAUAAUCAAGGAUCUGUGAAUGCUCAUUCUUCAAAUAUUGAGACUCAAUGCUACUACCAAGGAUAUAUCGAAGGAUAUCCCAAUUCUUUUGUCACACUCAGCACGUGCUCUGGACUGAGAGGAAUACUGCAAUUUGAAAAUGUUUCUUAUGGAAUCGAGCCUCUGGAAUCUGCAGUUGAAUUUCAGCAUAUUCUUUAUAAAUUAGGGAAUGAAAACAAUGAAUUUGCAAUUUUUAACAAAAAUAUCAGUAACAUAGAAAAACACCCAAUGGACUUUAACAUUUAUAUAAGUGAAAAAUCAGAACCGGCUGUUCCGGAUUUAUUUCCUCUUUAUCUAGAAACGCAUAUUGUGGUGGACAAAGCUUUGUAUGAUUACCUGGGCUCUGAUAGCAUGAUAGUAACAAAUAAAAUCAUCGAAAUUUUUGGCCUCAUAAAUUCGAUGUUUACCCAACUUAAAGUUACUAUCGUGCUGUCAUCAUUGGAGUUGUGGUCAGAUAAAAAUAAGAUUUCUACAGUUGGUGAGGCAGAUGAAUUAUUGCGUAGAUUUUUAGAAUGGAAACACUCUUAUCUUACUCUAAGGCCUCAUGAUAUUGCAUAUCUAUUCAUUUAUAAAGAUUAUUCAAAUUAUGUGGGAGCAACAUUUCGUGGAAAGAUGUGUGAUACUCGUUAUUCUGCCGGAAUUGCAUUGUAUCCCAAGGAGAUCACGCUGGAGGCGUUUUCAGUUAUUGUCACCCAGAUGCUAGGACUCAAUCUGGGAAUAUCAUACGAUGACCCGAAGAGAUGUCAGUGUUCAGAAGCUAUUUGUGUGAUGAAUCCAGAAGCUAUGCAAUCCAGUGGUGUGAAGACUUUUAGUAAUUGCAGUUUGAGCAACUUCGAAAGUUUCAUUUCAAAUAUGGGUGCCAAAUGUCUUCAGAAUAAGCCACAAAUGCAAAGAAAUCCGAGACCAAUCUGUGGCGAUGGCAAAGUGGAGGGACAUGAAAUCUGUGAUUGUGGUACUGCAGUACAAUGUGGACCUGACAGCUGUUGUGAUCCGCAACGCUGUGUGCUGAAACAAGGAUCCCAGUGUGCUACAGGAUCAUGCUGCCAGAACUGUCGAUUUGCAAACAGUGGUCAUGUGUGUCGGCCCAAAUUGCAUCGUGAGUGUGAUAUUCCUGAAACUUGUAAUGGGAGCUCUGGAAACUGCAACCCUGAUAUAACUGUACGCAAUGGGCAGCCCUGCAAAAAUAAUCAGUUCAUGUGUUUCGAUGGAGACUGCCCUGAUCUUGAUGCACGUUGUGAGGAAAUUUUUGGGACAGGUUCAAAAAAUGCUCCAUUUGCCUGCUAUGAAGAAAUACAAGGUCAAGCAGACAGGUUUGGGAACUGCGGUGCAGAUAAACAUGGUAAAUUUAUAUUCUGUGGAUGGAGGAAUCUUAUAUGUGGAAAAUUAGUUUGUACCUACCCUUCUCGAACUCCUUUCCAAAAAGAAAACGUUUCUGUGAUUUAUGCUUAUGUACGCAACACAAUAUGUAUAACUAUGGACUACAGAUUGGAGCCAAAAGACUACAGAUUGGAUCCAAUGAGGGUCAAGAACGGCGCUACUUGUGAUAUUGGGAGGAUAUGCUUUAAUAGUGUAUGUAUAGACACAGGGACGAUUAAGAGAGACACGCUACAGUGUUCUCAAAAGUGCUCUGGAAAUGGAGUGUGCAAUUCCAACAAUGUCUGCCAUUGCAAUGAGGGCUUCCAGCCUCCAAAUUGUCAAAGACGUUCCAGAGGAUCUUCUAUAUCGCUUGGGGAAGAUUUAGGUUCAGCUACGGAAAGAGCUUCUAGGGAUGCUGGCAAGAACUGGCUUCUAGGUUUCUACAUUGCUGUUCCUAUUCUCAUCACAGCAACCAUAAUAGUUGUGGCAUGGACUAAUUUGAAAAAGUGGUUCACCAAGGAAGAGGAAUCCCUAAGUAGCGAGUAA